AUGCGUGCUAUGCACGCGAGUCCACUUCGAGACAGUGCGUGGGCAGUUCCACCUAUCGCGGCAGAUCAGCAUGUGCCGCUGCCGCCUAUUACCAGGCAUGAUAUUCAGAGUUCUAAAGAUAACGGCACACCUCUGGUUUGCAUCACAGCCUUCGAUUAUCCGACAGGUCUGGCGGUUCGCGGAGCUGGUGCCGAUAUGUGCUUAGUAGGUGACUCACUGGCGAAUGUCGCUCUGGGAUAUGCGUCCACCCGCGCCCUAACACUGGAUGCCUCGAUUCAUCAUGGAAAAAGUGUGCAUGCGGCUCUUCAUGCCACGGAGCUCCAGUAUGAUCGACGCUGCCCUCGUGCACCGCUGAUGAUUGUGGAUAUGCCAUUCGGCUCGUUUAUUGGCUCCAUGGACGAUGCUGUGAUGAAUGCGGCGCGCGUCAUGAAGGAGACGCAAGCGGCUGCCAUCAAGAUGGAGGGCUCGAUGGAACUUGUUCCGCUCAUUGAGCGCCUUACGAGUGCAGGGAUUGACGUGAUGGGGCAUAUUGGUCUGCAACCCCAGCACUUCGGUGAUGCAGCGGGCUUCAAAGUCCAGGGCAAUACCGUACGCAGUGCUCUAUCUGUGCUGCAUACGGCACUCGCUCUUGAAAAGGCAGGGUGCUUUUCGCUGGUGAUCGAGUGCGUGCCAUCCAAGGUGGGUGAGGCCAUCAGCCAGCGACUGCACAUUCCUACCAUUGGUAUCGGCGCAGGCCCCGGUACGCAUGGGCAGGUGCUGGUGUGCAGUGAUGUGACGGGAGAUCUUGCGAGCCCCUCCCAUGUAUCUGCCGUUCUUGCAGGCUUGGAUGCAUCGAACGACGCAGCUGUCGAGAAGAGCAUGGUGCCUCACACGCCGGCGUGGCCAACCCCGCCUAAGUUCGUGCGUUGUUUUGCCGAGCCAAGACUGGGUGCCGCGCGCAUAUCUGCAUUGCGAAGUUUUUCAGAGGCUGUGCGUCAGCGUACUUUCCCUGACAAUGCUGUCGAGGCAUAUCGCAUCAAGUCCCAUGAGUGGGCCGCGUUUGAGCGCGCCAUAGCCGACAUACCCCGACGUUGA